ACCUCAUUUGCAUAGGAGCGAGCACAUAACGGCGCUCGCCGCGCCCCUCCCGACAAUCCGCAGCAGCCUCUGAGCAGAUCUGAUUCUCCGUCUUCGCGCAGCUCGCUCGCUCAUUCCAGCAACCAUGUCUGACAAACCCGAUAUGGCUGAGAUCGAGAAAUUCGAUAAGUCGAAACUGAAGAAGACAGAAACGCAAGAGAAAAAUCCUCUGCCUUCAAAAGAAACAAUUGAACAAGAGAAGCAAGCUGGCGAAUCCUAAUGAGGCAAAGGCCGCCGCCAAUACGCACUGUACAUUCCACAAGCAUUGCCUUCUUAUUUUACUUCUUUUAGCUGUUUAACUUUGUAAGAUGCAAAGAGGUUGGAUCAAGUUUAAAUGACUGUGCUGCCCCUUUUCACGUCAAAGAAUCAGAACUACUGAGCAGGAAGGCCUCCCCUGCCUCUCCCGCCCAUCUGCUGGUCUGGCUUGGCAGAGAGGGAAAAGAACUUGCAUGUUGGUGAAGGGAAAAGCUGGGUGGGAGAUGGUGAAAUAGAGAGUAAAAUUCAAGAUGGUCCAAGAUGUCCUACAGGAUGUAAAAUGCAGUUUAAUCAGAGUGCCAUUUUUUUUUUGUUCAAACGAUUUUAAUUAUUGGAAUGCACAAUUUUUUUAAUAUGCAAAUAAAGUUUUAAAACCUG